CUACUGCAUCAAAUAAGUCAACGUUAUCGGCUAUUCUCCUGUUCAUCUUCCGCCGCCAUCGCAACAAGUCUGGACCCGGCCGGAAGGAUGGGGCGUAGCUGGAGCAGAUGCUCGAGGCCCGAGCCUGCCGCAUGGGGAGUUCAUGGCUAACCGGCAGGAGGAAGAAAUUCGUCUACAAAUGUUUACCUGCACCACUGUAUGCAAUCCCCAGUAGCGUCCUCACCCCGCCGUCACCCGACCCAAGAAAGUCAACACCCGCCGCUGCCGUCGCUUCCCUGCGGAUCCAUGCAGGGUUUAUGAAUUUGACAGGCGACGCCCAGGAAUAGUUGAAAGUUGUCUAAAAAUUUGGGAACAUGCGACGCAUUUCCGGAUUAAUGGAGAACCAGUCAGCUCACCCUCGGCAUGGUAUGGUCGAUCAAGGGUUUCGCCCGUUCACUACUACUCCACUGAGUUCUUCUGUCAACGCAGCACCGGUUAUGAUGCCAAUCUGGUCAGCAGACGAUGGGUACAUCUGGAAGAAUUCGGGUCUGCAGGAGAUUCUGGGUUCAGGUUCAGGCCGAUUGAUCUGCUAUGAAUGUUCGCAGGCAAACUGCAUGGUCAAGAAAUCGGUGGUUCUAUCUGCAGAUGGUCAGAUUUUGGAGACAGUUCUCAGGGGUAGUCACAACCACCCCCGUCCAUCAGAGAUUUGCCCCAGAGAUGUUCCAACAGGAUACAUACCAGACUCUCAACACUACGCCUAUGUGCCAUCUGAGAUGUACGUACCAGGGGCUUCAAUUCCUCAGACUGAGGGAGGUGAACAAGAACAACUUGGCAGUUCUAGUGACAGCGACGAAGAGGAUGAUGGCGAACAAAGAGACGAUGGCCAUGUUGCCAGUGCCAGCACAACGGAAAGACCUGUGGUAGCUCCAGCUGAAAGGAGAACCAGGAGCGGGACUCCUCACCGAAAAAGACCGAAGUCCAAAGUGUGGGAGGAAUUUACAAAAAUUUUUAGAGACGGAAAACUUCAAGCAGCAGUCUGUAAACAUUGUGAAAGUUCCCUUAGUGCAAAAACUACAGGAGGAACAAGCCAUCUGAAACGACAUCUGCAGUCCUGUCCUGGACGACCUUCAACAGGUCGGGUGCAGCUGCAACGGCCAUUUUCACAUCCUAAUUCAUCUGUUCAGAAGAAUUUGAAUUUAGAUCAAAACAAGUCUCUUGAAUUGCUCAUCAAGGUUUUAGUGUCCAACCUUUUCUCCUCUCCAUUUACAAGCAGCACAAUUUUUAGGCAGUUUUGGGCUGGCAUCAGUCCUACUAAUGAUAUGGUAUCGCCAGCUGCUAUUGAAGAGAAGUUUCUCAGUAUUUUUCAGACUGAAAAGCUUAAGCUUCAGGAGGAAAUAGAACUUGCACCUGGUGGAGUUUUUCUGACAGUUGCUGGCAGUUCUCUUGAACUUAAGUGCGUCAUCUUUUUGAUGGUGCACUUCAUUGAUAAAGAAUGGAACUUGAAUAGGAAAAUCAUUAGAUGUUGCUUUACAGGGUGUGAAGACUCUGAUGCUGAGUAUUAUGCUAGCAUGUUUCCCUUUUUGAAAUCGUACUAUUAUAUCUUUAAUGGGAAUGUGAGAGCAGUCGAAAUAGAAAUAGUGAAAGAGGUAGUACAAAAUUGGAAGCUUGAGUGGAAGCUUCUAGGAAUUUCAUCAUCCAAGUCAUUAUGUGAUGCUUCUGUGCCAGCUCUGGAGAAGAAUCUUACUGGACAGAACUAUCUUCUUGCCAAAUGUAAGCUGUUAAAUCUCCCUUGCAUAACAGAUGCCCUAAAUGACCUUUUUGGCUAUGAGAUCAAGGAAUAUAUCCUAAGAACAAGUAAGAUGUGGUUUCAGUACAUGACAUGCACCCCACUGUGUAGGGAUAAAUACAAAGAAAUCCUGUCACGCCUGCAAAUAAGCCGACCUUCUUUCGGUUCGCAGAGAUGGUACUUAACUUUCCAUUCAUUGGAAGCUGCUUUGCAGUUUAACAAUGAGAUGCCAAAUCCUCAGCUGAUAGAUUCCGAAUCUUAUCCAGCUAAGCCAUCUUUUGCACAGCUAAAGGCAGCAGAGAACUUCUGUGACCUUGUAAGGUCGAUUUACCAUGCAAUAAAAGUGGUUUCAAGACGUCGCAAUGGGACCUUGAAUUCACAAUUUCACGCAAUUUGGAACUUGAAGAUGGCUCUGCUCCGUUCAUCUACAAAGGAAAACAUUGACCAAGUUUUUAAUAUUGAAGAAAUGAAGCUAAAGUUUGACCAGCUUUGGAGGAAAUGGUACCUAUGGCUAUCAUUAGCUGUUGUUCUCGAUCCCAGAUAUAAAAUAAGGUUUCUUGUUUGCUUUAAGGAAGCCUUUGGUAGUCAUGCCAAAAGGUAUAUCUCUGAAGUGCGAGGAAAGCUGUAUGAGCUCUUUCUUCAGUACUCUUGUCAUGUUGAUCAACAAAAUGAUGAGAACUUUGAUGAGAGAACCAACGAUUUACAGUUGGAUACACAUGGUAGCAUACCAGUACAUGACGCAAGUCAAAAUUACAUUGAGCAAGCAGCACAUGUGGAACUGGGAGAAGUCAUUAGAUACCUUGAAGGAGAGCUUAUUCCUCAAAAUGCCAAUUUUGAUAUUUUGAAAUGGUGGAAGGAAAAUGCUUCAACAUAUCCAGCUCUUUCCAGGCUGGCUCGCGACAUCUUAGCGAUUCCUGGAUCUGCGGUCUCUGCCGAAUCUGCAUUUGAUGAAACUGAUGAACGGACGAGCCUUUUCAAUCGGAAGCUGAGCCCUGAACUAAUUGAGGCCCUCAUCUGUACCCAGGAUUGGAUCAAAUCUUCAGAAAUAAUUUCUGACGAAGUUGGUGGAAACAUAAACAUGCCUGCUUAAUGCACAGCAAGCUCCUCCAGCCUUUUCACUGGUUCAAUAAAAACUGAAGAGCCCUUCCGACCUUAUCUGCAUCUUGCCUUCUCAGUAUAAUGCAUGACAGAAGUCUAACUGGCAAUGGUUUGUAAUAACUUGUUUUGUUGCAUCAUUCAGCAUGGAACAUAUGAACAAUAUUAGUUUUUAAGUUAAUUGCACAGUACAUGAAAGGCUGAAAUAUAUACAAAACUUCAAAAACCAACAGUUGGUUUUGCUGUACUUGGCGGACCAGUUUUGGGUGAGAUGUGCCAUAUAUAUCUUUGAAGAACGUAAGAAGGUUCAGCGCUUAAUUUUGUUU